AUGGCAGUUACCGGUGGGAGUAGGAUCAUAAUCAGCUUAACUUUACUUCUGUCUAUAUACGGUGUACUAGCAGUGAGUCCGCCAGCCAUACUUCAAUGUGGACAAUGUCCGCCCAACGAAGUGCUACGACAAAGUCCACCCGCUUGUGAACCAACUUGUUAUCAAGAUUGCCAACAUGUUCCCAGCCAGUAUCCUUAUGCGUUCUAUUACAAACCUACAUGCGUCUGCAGACCUGGAUUCGUAAGACAUCAAGGGAUAUGUAUUCCACGGGAGCAAUGUUUUCGUCCACCGUACCAGAUGCCACGACCUCAGAAUCCAAUCGGAAGAUACUGUAACUCGAAUGAAGACUUAUUGCGCAGCCCUCCCUGUUGUGAGCCAACAUGCUUCGACGAUUGUAGUAACAAAAUUUGCCCACUGUCCUUCAUUGAGAGACCAACCUGUGUGUGCAAAACAGGACUGGUGCGUCACAAUGGCAACUGCAUUAAUCCACGCCAAUGUCCACGAUCACGAUCACGUGAUGAAGAUUCUGACGAAGAGGAUGAUAACGACGAUGAUAGUUCCGGCGGUGAUGAUGACAGUGAGGAAAAUAAUGGUAAAAAUCGGAAAAGUAAUAGUCGUAGUAGCAGUAGCAACAGCCGUAACGGCAAUAGUCGUAGCAGCAAAAACCGUAGCGAUAGUAACAGCAGGAGCAAUAGCCGUAGUAACAAAAAAUCGAAUAACUCGGAUGAUGAUUCAAGUGAAGAAAAUGACAAUUCUAACAACGAUAACGUAAGUUUUAAGGAAAUUUCGCCGUCAUCUUCGCAGAGUGAGCAAAGAUCGUGUGGUAAAAAUAAUAUAUGUAGCCAUCCAAAGCUUCCUUGUCAGAACGGGUGCCUUCCACCACCGCCGGUAGCACCACGUCAUCCUUGCGAUGCUUGUCGUAGAAACUAA